AUGGCUGCUGCUGUUCUCCUCCAACGUCCGGCCAGCAUCGAGACGAUCUCGGACAACAUUGACGCGGUGAACACGCUCAGAGGCAACACUCAAAGCAAUGACACCCUCUACAACCAACCCAAGUUCGAUAAAAACAAAGGCAAGACCAACUUCCCCCAGUUCGAGGACGGUUACGAAGGCGUCAAGGCCUUCUACGCCAAACAACAUAACCUUCAAACCGUGGCAUACAACCUCAAGGCCCCCAAUGACUUCAAGAACAAGACCCGCGCUUACACGAACGUCUGGAACGCUAUGGAGAAACUAAGCACAUUCAUCGACGAAUGUGAUCCCGACACCUGGGAGUCCCAGAUGACCCACCUGCUCCAGACCGCCGAAGCCCUCCGUGCCGAUGGAAAGCCUUGA